AAAACAACUAUAUUUCCACGUCAUCCCCAUAUUUUGCCAUCUUCUUGGUUGCCUCUUCGAUAAUCUUAAUAAAUACAGACAAAUUAUACAACACUACACACACUUGUGUUUUUGGUUUCUUUCUCUCCACCUCUGUUGAAGACGACAUUCAUUUGUGGACAACCCUCUACUUUGCAACCUCUCUGCAUCUCUCUCUUCUCAAGCUCAGUAACAGGACAAAGUACUCUGUUCUUGCACUUUGACACAGCUCUUCAAGUACAAAAGCUUUUCUAGUUACAAAAUGUACCGAUUUUCGGGACUUUUUUUGUCAUUAGCGGUUGUGUUCUUGCUAUUAGACUACUUGGUGGAUGCUGAAAUGAUGACAUGCUCGAAUAUAGUUCCGAUGAGGUACCGGAAAGAUAAGAUAUCGAUUACGGACUUUGGAGGUGUGGGAGAUGGCCGGACUUUGAAUACCAAGGCGUUCCGGGAGGCUAUCUACCGGAUUCAGCAUUUGAAGAGGAGAGGAGGGACAUUUCUUUAUAUACCUAGAGGAGUUUAUUUGACAGGGAGCUUCAAUCUCACUAGUCACAUGACUCUCUUCUUGGCUAGAGGAGCCGUUAUCAAGGCCACAAAGGAUGUGAGACAUUGGCCUUUAAUCGCUCCCUUGCCUUCGUAUGGAAGAGGCAGGGAGCGGCCUGGUGCAAGAUAUAUGAGUUUGAUUCAUGGAAAUGGACUUAGCGACGUCAUUAUCACAGGUGAGAAAGGGACAAUCGAUGGCCAAGGCGAUGUCUGGUGGAAUAUGUGGCGACAUAGAACUCUUCAGUUCACGCGACCCAAUCUGAUUGAGCUCAUGAACUCAAACGACAUUAUCAUUUCAAAUGUGAUUUUCAAGAACUCGCCCUUCUGGAACAUUCACCCUGUAUAUUGCAGCAAUGUUGUAAUUCGACAUGUGACCAUAUUGGCCCCUGCUAACUCUCCUAACACUGAUGGAAUCGAUCCAGAUUCAAGCUCCCAUGUCUGCAUCGAGGAUUCGUACAUAUCUACAGGCGAUGAUCUGGUGGCCAUAAAGAGCGGUUGGGAUGAGUAUGGUAUUGCAUAUGGUCGUCCUAGCAGUUUCAUCACUAUCAGGAGAAUAACAGGAUCAUCGCCUUUUGCUGGUAUAGCAAUCGGAAGUGAAACAUCUGGGGGCGUAGCCAACGUUUUGGCUGAGCACAUAAGCCUGUUUAAUAUGGGAGUUGGCAUCCACUUGAAGACCAACAUUGGCAGAGGAGGAGUCAUAAGAAACAUUACAGUGUCCAGUGUGUAUAUGGAGAAUGUACGAAAAGGAAUAAAAAUUGCAGGCGAUGUUGGAGAUCAUCCUGAUGGAAAAUACAACCGAAGAGCCCUACCUGUAGUCAAGGACAUUGUAAUCAAUAAUGUCUGGGGCGAAAAGGUUCAGCAAGCAGGUUCAAUACAAGGCCUCAGAAAUUCCCCUUUUACUGGGAUAUGUCUUUCCAAUAUUCAUCUUAAUGGCGCGAGGGGAAGGAAAAAUUCUCCGUGGAAGUGCUCGGAUGUAACUGGUGCUGCUGUUCAAGUUAGACCGUGGCCCUGCUCAGAACUGAGUAGCAGCCAUGAAACUGGUGCAUGCUCAGUUCCUUUGUAGAAUACUGUAACAUUUUUAUCUCAAUUCAAGCAAGUGGCAGAAAUUAUUUACAACAUUAAAAGAAGAUUGCAUUAGGGAUG